CUGUAGUAUAACCUCCAGCCCCGAGGUGGUGCUGUGUGUCACGUGGCCAGCCGUGGGGGCGGGGCAAACACGGCUCUCCAGGGAAGCGCGGUGGCCACUCUGAGUCUGGAGUAGAGGCCUGAGGUGGUGGCCGGUUCCCCGCAGCCCGCCGGUGGGAGGAGCACCGGCCGGGUGCCAGGCGCGAGGGCAGCCCCACUGGCGCCACAGGAGGCCAGCAAAGGUUGCAGGCUGGCUGGCAUGACGCUUUUCAGUGCCCCCGGAAGCUCAGCUGUGCCAGGCGGGCAGACGGCAAGACGUUGCUGCUGAACACCACCCAGAACCUGGAGACAUCCCAAUGUCGUCUUUCAUUUCUGCUCCGGGGAAGGCCGGCAGCGCAAAACUUUAAAUCCAUUGCCUUUAAUGACAGCAGGCGCAAAGAUGACGAUGAACGAGUUCUGGCAGUGCUUGAUGCCUGCUUUAUACCUCAGAGAAAUGCGGGGAAUUUCUGCGUUUUUGCCAGAGAAGUUAAGAAUGAGGGAAAUCUGUUGAAUCUUUUAUAGCAGCUUUGUAUGCCUUGGCAGAAAGCUCUGAUUUGAAGGCUAUAAAACAUAAAAAUAUCAGUGGUAGACAGGUUAUUGGUCUUACAGAUAAAAGUAUCUCACAGCAGCUAUAAUUAAAGACCAAUUUGACCUUAUACACAGGCUAACUACAAAACCUUUCAGACUAAAUGCACAGCAUUUGGAAAAAGUCACAGUCCAUGAGAUGUGUGUUCAGCCAAAGGUGCAAGAUAUAACAAAUACACAAAAUAUGGACAUUUUGCAGACAUUUGCUGCACUGGGGCAGUCAAGAGGCAUUGUUUCUGGGAUCUGUCAAGUGUGAUGACAGAGCCUGCCUAGAGAGUGAAACUGAAUAUUCAUGGAAAGACCACUGAGUUUAAAAUUGACUCAGGAGCAGAUGUGAAAGUCAUACCAGAAGGGAAGUAUAAUCACCUUGAAGUCCUCCCAGAGCUGAAAUUGCUUGACACAAUCCUGACCAGCCCUGGAGGUAUUGUGAAGUGCAUGGACCAGUUCACCAUAGAAACAACUUACAAAGACAAAAGGGUGUUUGCAGUUAAUUCACAUGUCAUCAGAAAACUCAACCAUUACUGUUCGCCUGGUUCGCUCCUUUGAGCACCGUAAUUUCAGACCUGUGGUGUAUCAUGGAGUUAAUUUGGACCAGACUGUGAAGCAAUUCAUUACAUUUGUAAAGAAUGAUGUGUCUUUAAGAACAGGACUUCCACCUCCCUUUAAAAAAUACAAAUAUGAUACGAUGAAGAUUAUUCACCAAGCACAUGGAUCUAAGACCAAUGAACUUGUAGUGAGUUUGGAGGAUGAUGACAAACUCAUAUUAAAAGAAGACAGCACUUUGAAAGCAGCUGGAGUAGCAAAUGAAACUGAAUUAGCGUUCUUCUGUGAAGAAGAUUACAGAAACUACAAAGCUAAUCCUGUUUCGGCUUGGUGAUGAUCCCAAGAAACCUGGGUUUUUUUGUUUUCCCAUACCCGUUUAAAACUUUUUUUCUGUUUAAUAAGAUUUUUUUUUAAAUCAAUAAAUCCUAGAGGAUUGCCUCACAAAUGCUGAAA